CACACACACACACACACACACACACACACACCUACACACUUUAUCAAGUAAAGCACCCAGGGGUAACUAACAAAAUGAGAAUGGCUCAGCUAAAACAGCAAGUGUGUUGAGUUCUGACUCCCAGAAGUGAACUACAAAACAUGUAGUUAGCCUCAUAACAUAAUUUCCAUAGUCAUAUUUAAGGUUUAUCUUGUAUUUAGCGUCAAAAACAUAAAAAGUCAAAUACAAAACUUAAGCAGAUAGUGAUUAUGGAAUGUUAAAAGGUGUUUGUAAACUCUAAUUGGCUUAGGAUACAGCCAAUGAGGCACAGUGAAUCGGCAGCGUUAGUAGAGAAGAGUUAGGUUAGAUCACAAUUUGGCCAAAAUAUGACGAAGGCAAUUUUGCUUUGAAUGAUAUGCAAAAGGAGUACAAGGUGCAGUUGCAACUUGCUACACACGUGAGCCACCAACUUCUAACUGACUCCGGAUGCACAGGCUCUUCACCCUCUCAGUCACACCGGAUCAUUAGCACCCCGGUUCACUAAGCAGCUUUUACAAAGAUUUAAUAAAAAAUGCUAAAUUUAUGUUAAACAUUGAUUGAUUGUAAUUAUACCAGUAAGUUCCAAACAAGUAAUUUUAUCUGACCAGAGUGAGUUCUGUUAUCGAGUAUUACAGCACUGGGACUUUUAACUGAACAUGUUUCACUCUGCUAUAGGUGUUUCUAUUAUAGGUGUUUCUAAUAACCAUUGAUUACAUUACUGAUUGUUAGCUGUUAACUCAUCGGAAGCAAACAUGCCACAAAAACAGACUCUUAUUUCAACCGGUUACAAAAGUAAUGUUUGUUAAUGAAGUAUAAUCGGGAUAAACAACUCAAGUUGAUCCAACUAAAUGUUCUUGUGUGUUCAGUGUAUGAUUCUUCCUGCUUGAUUUGAAAUGCUACAUGUUUAGCAGAUGUUUCCCCAGAGCUCAGCUCUCUGUUGGUUAUCCUAGCAGCACACUUCUAUAUGUCGCUAUUAUACCACUAUAAUAGUAUACUACAAUAUUUUGCAUAUUAUUUAUACUUUCCUUAUAUUCUUCAUUUACCUUUUAAACACUGUUUAGAGCUGGUCCAAUAAGCUAAUGUUAGCUAUCGUCUCUUGCACCAAUUCAUCUUUUCACAAUUGGCAGCUCAUUUUAUCUACAGCUCACUUAAUGUUCUCAAACUUUCCAUAAAUCUUUGUUGUUGUCAGCAUUAAUUUGGUAGCUAGACAUGUCCUUUUCUGCUAAAUAUACAUAUAUCAAUUUCACAACUUUUGACCAAGGCGUUCUAUGGGCUGCCAUAGACUUCCAAUUACAGUAUUAAACACACCUCAAACUGUGUGUGUCUGCGUGUGUGGGUGGGCGGGGAACUGGUCCAACUGUUUGGUUCACAACAUCGUUUCCUUGUAAUGAGUCGGACGGUUUGGUGUGGCUCACUUUAACACACCAGGAAGAAAACAAAGGAAUGGCCACUUCUAACAGUUCCUGGUCUGAGGAGAACUUUUCAUGUCCCAUCUGUCUGGAUGUGUUCAACAGCCCAGUCUCCACACCAUGUGGACACAACUUCUGCAGAACCUGUAUUACAACGUUCUGGGAUGAAAAAGACCAGUACAAAUGUCCAGUUUGCAACGAGAUCUUCCAAAUAAGGCCUGAUUUACGGGUCAAUACCCUCUUUUCAGAGAUGGUUGAUCAGUUUACAACGUUCAUACGAGUUACAGAGCAGCCUUGUGUUGAACCUGGAGAAGUUCCCUGUGACGUCUGUACUGGCUCCCAGCUGAAGGCUGUGAAGUCCUGCCUGGUGUGUUUUAUCUCAUACUGUCAGACCCACCUGGAGCCUCAUCAGAGAAUUGCAAUUCUGAAGAGACAUCAACUGGUCCAGCCUAUGAACCAUCUGGAAGACAGGAUGUGUAAGAAACACAACCAACUUCUGGCGCAAUUCUGCCAGACUGAACAGGUGUGUGUGUGUCUGUUCUGCACAGAGAUGGACCACAAGUCCCAUCCUGUUGUACCGUUAAAGGAGGAAUAUGAAGUUAAGAUGGCCCAGCUGGGAGAGAUGGAGACUGAAGUUCAGCAGAUGAUCACGGAGAGACAACAAACAAUUCAGGAGAUCAAAGACACAGUAAGACUCAUCAAAGUAGACGCAGACAGAGAAAUUGCGGAUGGUGUGGAGGUCCUCACUGCACUGAUACACUGUAUUGAAAAGUGUCGUGAUGAUCUCAACGAAAUGGUAAAAGAGAAGCUGAAAUCAACAGAAGAACAAGCUGAAGGCCUCACCAAAGAACUUGAGCAGGAAAUAGAAGAACUGACCAAAAGAAGCUCAGAGGUGACACAGUUCUCACACAGUGAAGACCACCUCUUCUUCCUCCAGACUUUCAUGUCCCUGAAGAAUCCUCCACCCACCAGAGACUGGAAAACGGUGGAGGUCCGUCAUCCAUCAUACGUAGGGACGUUGAGGAGUUCUCUGGAUCAGCUGAAGGAGACACUGGACAUGGAGAUGAAGAAGGUGCCUGACCUGAAAUCAGCUCUAAAAAAGUAUGCCUGUGAACUCACACUGGACCCAAACACAGCCCACAGACGACUCUCUCUGUCUGAGGACCACAGAACGGUGACGAUAGUUGGAGGGGACCAGUCGUAUCCGGAUCACCCAGAGAGAUUUGAUUCCCGGUCCCAGGUGCUGUGUAGAGAGGGUCUGACUGGCCGCUGUUACUGGGAGGUAGAGAGGGAAGGACGUGUUUCUAUAGGAGUGACAUACAGAGAAAUCACAAGGAAAGGAAAGGCUAAUGACAGCAGGCUUGGAGGGAACAGCACGUCCUGGAGUCUUCAAUGUUCUGAUGAUGGUGUAUACAUUUCCCGGUACAACAAUAUUGGAAAAGAGAUACGUCUCCCCCCCGCUGGCUCUAACAGAGUUGGAGUGUAUCUGGACCGGCCUGCUGGCACUCUGUCCUUCUACAGAGUGUCCCCAGAUGUAGGAGGGUCCUCAGACACACUGACACACAUCCACACCUUCCAGUCCACCUUCACCCAGGACCUCUACCCUGGGUUUGUGUUAGGGCCUGGUUCCUCAGUUUGUCUGUGUCAUUCAUAUUAACACACACACACACACACCCACACCCACACCCACACACACACACACACACACACACACACAGACACACACACAAUCAGAAACAUAUUUUUAGCAAUGUUAUAUUUCACAUAUUUACAAAAUAUUUACAAAUAUAUGUAAGGUAUUUACAGUUGUUACACUAAUCACAAUAGUCCAUCUCAUCAACUAUCCCCAAGUUGCAGUGGCCCUUAAUUCCCUAAGAAACAGCCUGGAUCAUACCAUUCUGCCGCUAUUAACAUAAUAAGAUUGGAAUGAUCUCUAUUCUAGAUCUAUUACACAACAGUAAUUUCCCCAUAAAUAUUACGAUAACAUAUACUUCACACCCCCAGAAACCGUGUCAUUAUAGAGCUCUUAAGGCACACCUCACACCUAAAGUUGGCACCUUCUAGUCCGCGGUGCUCAUGCCCAUGAUUAAUAAACAAUUUAACGUAAAACCACUCUGCCUAACAGAGCUUUCAGACAAGCGGUAAACUAGAGUAACUUCCCACACAAAGUAGCAAGUUAGUGUGCAGGAACCUGAUUUAAAGCAGAUUUAAUAUUGUAUUCAAAAAUACAAGCGGUCUAUGGGGAAGCUGAUGAUGUUUAUGUUGUGAAUAACUUUAAACUGAAUAUAGAUUAAUUGUGUUAUUUUGGGAAAAACAUAGCAGCAUAACAUGUUCAGUUAUUAAAGAUAUGUGCACAUCUUUAUAAUUUUGAUGUCUGGUUCUGCUAUUAUUUUAGUUGUUCUGUUUAUUAUGUAAGCAACAAAUUAUUCAUUAUUAAUUAUCAUUAAUAAAGCAUCAUGUUAAACAAGUUGAUCCAACUGAAUGUUCUUGUGUGUUCAGCCGAUGAUUCUUCCAUGUUUAGCAGAUGUUUCUCCAAAGCUCAACUCUCUUGUUAUCCUAGCAGCAAACCUUUCUAUUUCUUUCUAUUUUAACAUUAUACAAUUAUACUAUACCCGUUUGGCAAAACUGCCAUUAUAAUUGAAUCCUCCAAAUACAAAGGGUAUUUUAGCGAUAGGAUGAAGGAUGCACAGCACACAUCUUCACUGUCAGUAUGAGGUUAAGGGUCAAAAGGAUGCAGCAUACAAACAUCUUAACUGGCUGUAUGCGGUCAAGGGAUGGAUGGAUGAAACAUGAACACAUCCUCAGUGGCUGUAUGAGGUUAAGGGGUGAAAGGUCUUUUUCACCAGUGCGAUGCCCAUUUACGUCACAACUGAUUUAAGUAGUGGACGCGAUUUUGUUUAACAUGGUGAUCGUCGUGAAGAAUUGGGCCUGUUUCGUGCACAAGCUCAAAGCCACUGUGUAGGUUUUAUCAAUAUAUUUAUUUAUUUUCUAUUUUGUACAGAGACUACGUUUAAUAAAUGGAGCCAAUGAGUUGUUAUGACGUGCCUCUCCUGUUAGGGGCCUAAAAGGUUCUGAAAAAAGAUAGACGAGGCACGUCUACGACGAUAAGCGAUUGAUCGAUUAUACUCGUACCCACUCGUACUAAAUACAUGCUUGGAUUCUUCUGUUGUAUUGACAUGCUUCUCUUAAGGCAUCAUCAGUUGAAAUGCGUCAAUGCAAAACACAUUGUCAACCUUUUUUCUUUGUUUUUUAUAUUCCACAUUACGUUGUUAUGUGAAUAGUAUCAUGUGACGAUGUGGAAGAACGCCCAAUUCUAUAUACACAGAACCAAAAUGUUUCUAGUGUAUGGAGCUCUUUUUAUACAAAUGCAUUGCGCGUUUCAAGCAGACAUGUUUUUUCGACUCAUUUGCUAAUUAGAACUUAUUUUAGGAUUUAGGAUAC